UAAUGAGAUGAGCAGAGAAUGGUGACUAAUGAGAGGCGUGGAAAGUCUCAGCAUGUCAGCGCUCAUAUCUGAUCUCAAACCCGGUUCCUGUGUCCUGCACUGUGGCAUUUCCUCUGUUGUCUUGUUGACACAACCACAGCUUAAAAUAUGAGGAGAAGCAACUCUAAAAUUUUCACUCAGGCAGAGAGGCAGUGGGCAGAGGAGGCCUUGUACCUGGAGCACCAUCAUCGGGUGAAGAGGCUGGUGUCAGGGCGCCCCCAGUUGCCCCAGCUCUCCUGCAGAUCGCUCCCUCAGAGCCCAGACGAGCUCACACCCAGAGACAGGCCACCAGACCUGGGCACAGCUCUGGAGCGUGAGAGUCCCUGUGAUGGACCCCCAGAGCACACCCUGUUCACGGAGUCUCCCCGCAAACUCAAACACUCCCGGAGUCUGGGCACCCUCACCAGCUGUAUCUCCCGGAUCUUUUUCGAUGUGGAGAAUGGUCUCUCGGUGGGACGCAGCCCCCUGGACGCUCAGGCUUCCCCCGGUUCAGGUCUGGUCAUCCAGGCCAACUUCCCCCACAGCCAGCGCCGCGAGUCAUUCCUGUACCGCUCCGACUCCGACUUUGACCUGUCCCCCAAGGUCCCGUCCAGGAACUCAUCUGGGGCCAGCGACCUACAUACAGAGGACAUGAUUGUAACACCAUUUGCACAGAUCUUGGCCAGUCUGCGGACAGUCCGGAGUAACUUUGCCGUCAUCACUGGACAGCAGGAACGCACAGCCAGCAAGACAAGAUCCUCCGGGAGCAACCCUCCGUCCAUGUGCAAAACCAGCCUCGCAGAGGAGCCUCACCAACAGCUGGCCAUAGAGACACUGGACGAGCUCGACUGGUGCCUGGAGCAGUUGGAGACGCUGAAGACACGACACUCCGUCAGUGAGAUGGCCUCCACAAAGUUCAAGAGGAUGCUGAAUCGAGAACUCACUCAGCUGUCAGAGACCAGCCGCUCCGGAAACCAGGUGUCCGAGUUCAUUUCCAGCACAUUCCUCGAAAAGCAACAUGACAUGGAUAUCAUGUCCCCUCCGGCCAAAGACAAGGACAAGAAGAAGAGGCCCAUGUCGCAGAUCAGUGGAGUGAAAAAGACCACACAAAGCCCCAACAUUGCUGCCUCCACCAUCCCACGCUUUGGGGUCGCACCCUGCCAUGAGGGCCAGCUGGCUAAGGAGCUGGAGGACAUUAACAGAUGGGGCAUAGACAUCUUUAAAGUAUCUGAGUACUCGGGAUCCCGCCCUCUUACGGUUACUAUGUACACUAUCUUCCAGGAGCGCGACCUGCUCAAAUCCUUUAAGAUCCCAGCAGACACCUUCAUCACCUUCAUGAUGACGUUAGAGGAGCACUAUCACGCAGAUGUGGCCUACCACAACAACAUCCAUGCAGCAGAUGUGGUGCAGUCGACACACGUGCUGCUGUCCACGCCCGCGCUCGAGGCUGUGUUCACUGACCUGGAGAUCCUGGCGGCGCUGUUUGCCAGUGCCAUUCACGACGUGGAUCAUCCUGGAGUCUCCAAUCAGUUCCUCAUCAACACCAACUCUGAGCUGGCUCUGAUGUACAAUGACUCGUCGGUGCUGGAGAAUCAUCACUUGGCUGUGGGCUUCAAACUCCUUCAGGAGGACAACUGUGACAUCUUCCAGAACCUCAGCAAAAAGCAAAGGCAGUCGCUGCGCAAAAUGGUUAUAGACAUGGUGCUGGCCACAGACAUGUCCAAACACAUGAACCUUCUGGCUGACCUCAAAACCAUGGUAGAGACCAAGAAAGUGACCAGUCUGGGAGUUUUACUGCUGGACAACUACUCCGACCGCAUACAGGUGCUGCAGAACAUGGUGCACUGUGCUGACCUCAGUAACCCCACCAAACCCCUGGAGCUGUACAGACAGUGGACCGACCGCAUCAUGGUAGAAUUCUUCACUCAGGGCGACCGCGAGAGGGACAAGGGCAUGGAGGUCAGCCCCAUGUGUGACAAGCACAACGCCUCCAUCGAAAAGAACCAGGUGGGCUUCAUCGACUACAUCGUGCACCCGCUGUGGGAGACGUGGGCCGACCUCGUGCAUCCCGACGCCCAGGAGAUCCUUGACACGCUGGAAGACAACAGGGAAUGGUACCAGAGCAUGAUCCCACACAGCCCCUCACCCCAUCCCGACUGUCCAGAAGGGGGCGCCGCUUCCGUAUCCACUUCCUCUGUGCCAAGCUCCUCUGCUCCCAACAUUUCUGCAGAUAAAUUCCAGUUCGAACUCACCCUGGAAGAGGAGGGGGAAUCGGACAGCGAAAGCCCGACGGAGGAGCAGGAAAUUGGGGAUGGGUCGCGGACAGGGACCCUCAAAAGAUCCGGGGAUGGGAGGACGUUUUCUUUAGACCAGACAGAGAAAGAAACCGUUUCGGGUUUGUUUAAAAUCGGAACAUAGCACCAGUUUUUUGGCGUUGAUUUUAGUUCCAUUUUUGAACUGUUUUGGAUAAGGAGGAAUUCUGGAGGCUGUUGCACUGGAGAGAGACUGAUCCGGAGUUCCCGCCAAACUGCGUUGCCCAUUUUAGACUUUUUUGUGGAGGAGUUUUACAAUCCAAUAUGGCCGUCUUCCUGUUCCAGAAAGUCAGUGACACUUGGAAACUUCCGGGACGUUUUAGUCUUUUAAAUUUUUUGUUUAUUUAAGACCACUGAAGGAGAAGGUGGAGCUAUGCAGGAGUUGUUUAUGUAGCAAAUGUAUUAUUACCGAUAUCCUUUAACUUAACACAAUGAACUGACAGGUGGUACACAAUUUUACUAAGGAUUUUUGCUCAUUUUUAAAUGAAAAUUUCUCAAUGGCUUUGGUUCAAAUUCCACAUUUAUUACAUCUUAAAUUGGUUUCGAAACUGCCACAUAAUGUUUUAAAGGGCCUACUUUGCACUAUUUUUUUUAAAUCUCUGUUUUAAUGUUGUUUCAUCAUCAAAAACAUACCUGGAGUUGUGGUUUUUUUUAUUCAUUCACACAUGUUAAACACAAAAAUCCUACAUAUUUAGGCUGAGUUCUUCUCUGAAACUGAAAACGCUUGUGAUGUCAUUAAGUGGUCUGGAAGUGCUCCAUUGUGUUUUUAAAAUCCACACACCUUCACUAGAAUGAUUUUGUUCAUUUCAGCACUGGAUUUGCAUAACUUUGAAACAGCUAUUGUUUUAGCCUCAUUGAAACUGCUUCACUCCCGGGUGCACCAGCAGAUUUUUAUAGACAAUCUCAACUGUACAAAAGUAAAACAAAAUUUCCAAAAUAAAAGCAACAAUUUAAGGUUAUUCUAGAGUAAAGCAGUUCAAAGGAGACUAAAAAUACCUGUUAACUUUGAAAUGGACACUGAAUGACAUCACAAUGUAGAACAGAGCAUUUUGAGCUUUGGGGAUGCAGACAGUCUAAUAAACCAGGAUAACUCAAAACAUGUGUGAAAAAUAACACAACUCUGGGUAUGUUUUUGAUGAGGUAACAGCAUUAUAACAUGGUUUAAAGCUAAUGUGUCCGUUUUGUGUAAUA